AUGGCCUCUUUCCUCUCAGCCCCAUCAACCCGCCGGCUCUCCCAUACCUCUACAAUCCCCUACUCGCCAAACGUAACCUUCGCCGCCCUCACAGACAUAUCAUCUUACCACCAGGCAACCUCUCUCAUCCAUUCCAGCAGCACCACUGCCCGGGACGCCCAGAACAACAAUCUUCCCAAGACAGCGAAACUCCACAUCGGAUAUCCACCACUGGGUCUCACGGAGACUUGGAACUGCAGUGUCAAAUGCAACAAGCGAGAGGGCACGAUCGAAAUAAAACGGGAAGGGGAAAGUUCAGUCCUGGAGAAGAGUGAAAUGAGAUGGGCAGUCGUGCCCGCCGAGGGAGGAAGAGCAAGCCAGCUCCGAGUAGAAUUGCAAGUGAAAUUCAAGAGUGCGAUGGUGGAUUCCAUGUUCUAUAUGAUGGAAGGAUAUGUAGCUCAAACGACCUUGGAGCGCUUCACGGGCUUGGUGAAAGCCAGAGAUGAGAAGGAGAAGAAAGAAGCAGCCGCUGCGGCACUGAAGAAGAAGGCUGCGCCACCACCAGUGGCUAUCAAACGUGUACCAAAGAAGCUCGAAGUCCGAUCUCCUCCCGGUGCUGCUAGCGGAAAGCAAAAGAGUCCAGCAGUCUGA